AUGUCAUAUCACCAACCUUCAAUUCCCUCCAUUGAUGCAAAUAGUAACACGAACGGGUUUUACCAGCCAUCACAACAGUAUUCGUUCCCUCAAGGAUCUAUGGCUUUUGGAAAUGGGAUGCAGGGAUCUGGCAUGGAUUUCGGUGGCAGUAAACCUAGUGGUACGCCAGCUAAUUUCACAAAUGAGCAGUUGACACCAGGUCUUUUUAAUGCCUUAUCUACCCGUGGGUAUUCAUUCGAACCUUCUUUGCUUGAAGAAUUGGGAAUCAAUUUCAACCGUAUAAUUGCUAAGACAAAAUUUGUGUUAGUACCGCUUUCUCACAAAGGUUUAUCGAAAGAAAUCCAGGAGGAUUCCGAUCUUGCUGGGCCCAUUAUCUUUUGGUUAAUGUUCGGAAUAUUAUUACUUACAGCAGGGAAAGUACAUUUUGGCUACAUUUAUGGUGUUGCAUUGUUUGGUUCUCUGUCACUACAUACACUUCUCAAAUACAUGAGUGAUGGUGCCCAUCAACUGCAACAACAAGCUUCUGCUGCUGGACCAUCCUCCUCCGGAAUCUCGUAUCUGAGAAGUGCAUCGAUUUUGGGUUAUGCUUUCCUACCACUCUGUGUGUUGGCCUCACUUGGUGUAUUUGCGAACCUCAACAACACAUUUGGAUACAUUCUAGGACUAUUGACUGUUCUGUGGUCAACCUGGUCCUCAUCUGGACUAUUCACUGUAUCAUUGGAUCUUCACAACGUCAGAAUCCUAAUAGCCUACCCACUGCUAAUCUUCUACAGUGUAUUUGCUCUCAUGGCAAUCUUCGUAUAA